AUGGUUGUAGACGCAUUCUCAUUUGGCGACAUUCCAGGAUGUGAAGGAUACUUUUUAUCUCAUUUCCAUGCUGAUCAUUAUACAGGUCUUGACCGCAAUUGGACACAUGGCCCUAUUUACUGCUCAGAAGUUACUGCUCGAUUAGUCAAAAGAAAACUAGGAGUCACGGAGGACUUUAUUUAUGCAUUACCUUUAGAUGAACCAUGUUUGCUUCCAGGCAUGGAUCAGCUUUUUGUUACGCUGAUUGACGCCAAUCAUUGUCCUGGUGCAGUUAUCUUUCUGGUUACUGUAGGUAAAUUAAGAUACUUACACACUGGUGACUUCCGUGCAUGUCCUAAAAUAUGCCUUCAUCCCUUAUUAAAAGAACCAAUUGAUAUUGUUUAUUUGGAUACUACUUACCUUGAUCCCAAAUACUCAUUUCCCUCACAAGACUCUUGUAUUCAAUCAGCAUGCCAACUUGCAAAACGUCAUAGCACACGAUAUUCAGAUCCUUUAUUGGAGGAGGGGAAAAGUAUUAUUUCUGCUUCAAAUGCAUGUCAGCAGGAACAUCGUUUGCUUAUUGUAGUAGGUACUUAUUCACUUGGAAAAGAGCGCAUAUUUAUAGAAAUUGCAAAGGCAUUGAACAGUAAAAUAUUUGUGACGGAACAAAAGAGACAUAUGCUAGACUGCUUUCAUGAUUCAGAACUCAAUGCUAUGCUAACGGACGAACAAAAAGAAGCUCAAGUUCAUGUUAUUCCGAUAGGACAUCUUGUACCUAAUAACCUUGAGGCCUAUCUUUCUAGUUUGGAACCUCAUUUUAGCCAAAUGAUUGCUCUUAAACCAACUGGUUGGACCUUCCAAGCGUCAUCUGAUCCCAAGACAAAAUCGCAGCAGGAGAAAAGAUCACUUGAAACAAUAAUCAAAGCGAGACCACCUGAUCUUGUGGCAACUAGCCUCAAACCCUUUUAUGAUACCUCACGUCUGAAAAUGUAUGACAUCCCUUAUUCAGAGCAUUCUAGUUUUCGUGAAUUGGCCAUGUUUAUUGCUAGUCUAGAUAUACGCCGCAUUGUGCCUACAGUGAAUGUGCACAGUCAAGAGAAUCGGUCAAGGAUGAGCAAAUUGUUUGAAGAAUGGAACAGAGAUAAAAAAAAGCUAAUUAAAGCGAAUGGUGGCUCAAUCAAAAUUGUAGAUUAUCCGUCCAUAAACUAUUGGUAA